GGCGGCCAGGCGGCGGCAAUCUCUGCUCGUCGGACUUGAAAACGAUCCUCGCGCCAGCACUCGGGAACACCUUGCUAACCACCAUGUUGUUGGGAUUUGUUCUGGCCACCUUUCUGCAUGUCAGCAAAGCAUGCUUGGAGGUUCCGCACUACUUCGGAUCCAUGGAUGCAAGUCUGGAAAUCAGUAGAAGUACACUCCGGGAGACGGGCUCCUCGUGCCAUUGCUGUGGCCUGUGCCACCAGGACGACCGAUGCAAGAGCUUCACUUUCGAUGUAAACGAGAAUUCAUGCGUCCUGUACAGCAAGGUGGGCGGCUACAGCGAGUUCACCCGCCUGCCGUCGAGCCAGUCUACCCAGGAGUACUUCUUCAUGCCGAACAGCUCGACGACAGGCGAGUUCUGCCGCCAUGACACCGACUGCCAGGCGGGUAGCGGCUCAUGCAUCGCCAGGAUCUGCACCACUGACGUCACACGCACCUGUAGAGAUGUAUACGAGAUCAAGGUUGAAUCGCCCGAUCACGCUUACUGGGGUGCCGUCAAAGGAGAAGAAAUUCUCUUCUACUGCGUGAUGAACUACAGAAAAGGCGGAUACACGAUGCUUUUGGAAGCUCCGUUUUGGUUCACGCGGUGGACGACGUCAAACCGGCUGAACUUCAUCUACACUGAAAGUGGCAAUAUCCCCGGCGGCGGUGACCCUGUUUCCCAUCUCUGGGCCGGGGACGCCAUCAGAGACUCCAGACCUGGUGACUACCAUGUGGUCGUGGUCAGCGCUAUCGGGCCGGCCGAUGGGGUGGAGUUCGCCGUGAGCCGCUCCCAGAGCGUGGUCAUGUCGCUCGGAAUGCCAGUGGCCUACGAGACCACGGACGGCUCGUUCUCGUUCUCCGGCGGCGGGACGGUGAUGUACCCGUACCUCACCAACACCAACGGCAUACUCUACCACAUGAACAGCAUCGUGACCUCCCAGGCCGGCGGUCUGAUUCGGAGCCGGACAACCACAGAUCCCCGCUGGUCGCAGGACGUGCAGCGCCCGGGCAGCGUGCGCCUGCUGCUCCGGGAGGGCGACUGAGGCGGGGCGGCCAGCGCUGGCGGGAUGCCAGCUACUGGGCGACAUAACGUGCAUUGCACCGCGGACGGGCCGGCAGCGGAAGUCGUAGUCUCGGCAGGCUGCUCGCCGGGCUUUGAUUCAGCAGAAGCCGCGCUAAUUAUGCCACGGCAACUAUGCUAUCUAUUCAGCAAGCACGAUGUACAGCGGAUGUUGGCUAUGAGGCAAUGGUGAUUCCGCACGUAGUGAAAUAAAACGAGGCAAUGCCACAUACACUAUUGCCAUGUCUGCAAAAUGUGCAUGUUGCGAACACACGAUUGAUACGCUUGUUUAUGAUGGUAGCUUUCAUUGCUUUGCCCAGAGAAAUGGAGUACCACAAAGACCUGGUCCUCAGACAAAACGCGUGGCCUUGCUGUGAUGUGAUGUGAUGUGAUGA